GGAAGUGUCUCCCAGAUGCCUGCUGGGUAAUGUAGUCCGCAGGCCACCAGCCCACUCAGCAGCACGUGGCCUUCACAGCCACCCUGCCAGCUUUUCUAGCCUGCUUCUCUGAGAGAAUCUGACACCCCCAGAUGGCGGAGGGCUGCUGGAGGCAGAUGGGAUCGUGGUGGCAAUUCCUUCUCCUCUACAUCCCAUUGUCGCUGUCUGGAGACUUAGAUUACCUGGAAGGAAAUGGGGGCUGGCUGACGAACAAGUACUUGGCUCUGAUGGAAGAAGACCACUGCACUGUGGAGAGGAGAGACGCUUCCCUGACCUACUCCCAGUUCAUAGACCAAUAUGCCUUUUCCAGGCCUGUUGUUAUCCAGGGGAUCACGGAUAACUCGGAAUUCCAGGCGCUCUGCACGAGGAACAAGCUGCUGGCAGAGUUCGGGGACCGCCUGGUGCGUCUCAGCACUGCCAACACCUACUCCUACCAUAAAGUGGACGUUCCAUUCCAGGAGUACGUGGAGCACCUGCUGGAGCCUCAGGACCUGGCCUCCCUAGGCAGUGAGACACUCUAUUUCUUUGGAGACAAUAACUUCACUGAGUGGGGCUCCCUCUUCCAGAAAUACAUGCCGCCUCCGUUCCGGAUUCCAGGCACCAGCGGGGCCUACAGCUUUGGGAUCGCCGGCUCCGGUUCUGGGGUUCCCUUUCACUGGCACGGCCCGGGUUAUUCGGAGGUGAUCUUCGGCCGGAAGCGCUGGUUUCUCUAUCCCCCUGAGAAAACCCCCGAGUUCCACCCCAACAAGACAACUCUAGCCUGGCUGCUGGACACAUACCCAUUUCUGCCGCCAGAGGACCGCCCUGUGGAGUGCACCAUUCACCCUGGCGAGGUGCUGUAUUUCCCUGAUCGCUGGUGGCAUGCCACCCUCAACUUGGACACGAGUGUCUUCAUCUCCACCUUCCUGGGGUAGCAGCUCAGGGCUCUGCCUACCUGCCAGCCCUUCCUCAGGAACUGAAUUGUUCACUUCCCUCCCUCCAAAGCCCUGGGAUUCUGCUGGUGAAUUCUAGCCAUCUCUCUCCACUAUAACCCUGCAGGCAGCGUUGGACUCUGGGAGUGGGGCUGAUACAGCUCUAAUCCAUCUAGGAUUGAUCCUGAUCUGUGUGAGCAACCCCACCAUUCUGUGAUGCAGCAGCUACUGAGGUUGGGUUGGAGGGGGGAACCUGUCCCCUUUCUCCCAUACAGCUGGUGGCAUUUGCUGCUGUACUUACAACUCUGCACUUUGUUCCUCAGCUCCAUGAGCCUGCCUGCUCACCCCACCCCCUUCCUUCACAUCCUCUUGGUGUUUCUAAGGCCUUGGCUACACUGGCACUGUAACUUGCUGCGCUCAGGGGUGUGAAAACGCCCCCCUCCCC